GGUUCAACAUGUCUGCAUGUCGCGUGUUAUUACGGUCAUAAAGAACUGGUUCAAGUUUUAUUAGAUUAUGGUGCAUUGACUUCAAUUAGAAAUUUAAGAUAUAAUUUGACACCAUACGAAGAAGCAUAG